ACACCUCGAGGAGGGGAGAGGACGCGAGAGUUCUGGGGGUGGCUGUGUCGUGCCGGUGGCUGCAUCGAUCGUCUCUACUACUCGCUAUAGCGGCCGUUUUCUACGGACGCGGACAAUGCGACCUCGCCGCGCCAGAAAAAUACCGUAAAUCGCGAUAGCGACUCGUCGCUUCGCCGCGCGAAGGCCACCGUCCAGAAUCGGUGCGAAUCGGCCUGACACGUGGACACCUUUGGACUUCGUAUCGACUCGUCGCGCUAUCGAUUUCGAGACGAAAAUUGAAAGGGGACCCUCGCCGACUCGCACCCGAGCGUGACAGUUCGCGCCUGUUUUUCUUUUCCCAAUCGUUCCCUUUUUCCAUCGAUUCGACGUCGCGCUAUUUUUUGUCUCGCUUACGUAUUUUUCAAAACCGACGUCGAUUAUUUCGCAACGAUAAAUACAAUUGUUCUCUCUCUCUCUCUUUCUCAACUUUUAUACGCGUCUUAUUAUCCCAGCCAAUCACGCGAAUCAUGCAGCUGGGUAUGCGAGCGCGAACGAUACUACGAGGGGGUUGUUGAGGUUUAUUCAAGGUUGAGCGAACCUCACGUGUCGCUUGUCAAAGGCCAGACGCGAGACCCUCCGACGAGUCUCCGAUGGAGGAUCGAGAGGGGUGAAUCGGAGGCGGAAAUAUGCCCGGGCGAUCACCGGCGAGGGCGUGCGAGCGGCCCAUUGCGAGCGCGGGCCGCAAGCUCGCCGCUACUUGAAUGUCACCGCCGGAGGUGAGAUUACCACGGUAUAAAAGAGAGAGAGAGAGAGACAGAAAUAAUGAAAAUCUUGCCAAAUUAUCUUGCCUACCUACUUUCUCUCGCGGUAAACUUUACUUUCGAAUAAAUCAAACAUCUCGGAGAUUUCGUUUCGUUACAAGAACAAAUGACCAGGGCGCGGGAUGGGCGAAUCCUGGCUCUCGAUCUUACUCGCUGCCACGCUGACGACGAUGACGAUGACAGCGGUAACGAAAGCCAAUUCAUUUUCGACACCGUCGACGACCGCUCGUGACGAUACCAUCGAUUCCAAACGGCCCACCGACGAAGCGCUGGACGUGAUAGAAGCGGCAUCGACGGGUUCUCUGGGCGAGGUGUGCGUCAACUCGGCGGGAUUUAAAUCACUACCAGCUGAUGUCGUUUUAGACUCGAGACGUUACGACACGGCGCGUCAGAAGACCGAUAUGACCGCGAGAAUCCUUCAAAAUUUCAGGGUUGCUGAGGCGAUACAACCUCUUUUAGAUGCCCUGACCAAGUCGCUGCUCAUGUCGGUGAACGAGGCGCUAGAGGCGAGGAUGAUCGCGCUAAACGCCUCUACUGGUACAGUGAUUACCGCGGUAUGGCUGAAGCGCAGUCCUGGAAGCGUAGGCGAGCCAUCCAAGGUCGAGAGUCACGCGCUUCAACCUGGAUCACAGCCGGAUCCGAAUUUACCGUGGUUCGAGAAUGCAGGCAGCAGUGCCGGAUUAAGGUCACCGAAAUUCAUGCAGUCACCGCCGAUUGAAUCCUACAGGGGUUGGUGGACCAUCCCGUACUUCUCUUGCAAGUCUCGCCGCUGGCUCAUCUCAUACAGCGUCCAGGUACAAUUGCCGGAUAUUCCCUGGAUACGAGAAUUCAUCAGCAUAGAUAUUGAUAUAAGCGGAUUGGAGGUCAAUCAAUGUUGGACGCCGCAAAAUCGCAAUAGUAAUCAAAUUGCCUCCUUCUGGGGCACACAUAAGUGUCAUGGUGAAACUACGGAAUGUGUGUACCAAAGUCCUGGCAAUCGAGUAAACGAGGGCGCUGGUUGGGCGAAGGGUGCGUACAUGUGUAAAUGUCGGCAAGGUUUUUACAGCACCAGCCAUCAUCGGGACGGUUUCGAUGGAAUUCUUGUGGAAGCCGCGUGGAAGGAAAUGAGAGAGAAUAAGAGCAACUUCUUCGACAAGGCAUUCCAAUGUCUGCGCUGUGCACCGGGAUGCGCCAGAUGCAAGGGCCCCGAACCUUGCCUAGCAACGUACAAUUGGCCCUUUAGAAUCACGCUGUUAGCUGUUUCAAUUUUUUGCGCGUUUGGCACCAUCGUCCUGGUAGCGUACAUGUAUCAGCAUCGCAAACUGAAAGUAUUCAAGGUUGCUUCGCCGAUAUUUUUAUCCAUCACGCUCUUGGGCUGUGCUUUGAUGUAUCUCGAAAUGGCCGCCAUAUUCCCGGUCCUCGACAUGUAUUCGUGCAUUGCCACAAAGUGGACGAGACAUAUGGGAUUUUGCGUCUCGUAUACGGCGCUGUUAAUGAAAACCUGGCGGGUUUCGCUCACGUAUCGAGUGAAGAGUGCUCAUAAAGUUAAAUUGACAGACAAGCAGCUUUUACAAUGGAUGGUGCCUAUACUAUUAGUAAUGUUGAUUUUUCUUGGUACAUGGACUGUCAGUUCGCCGCCUUAUGCGGAAGUAAUCACGGAUAAUCACGACUUAAAGUUUUAUCAGUGUUCGUACAAUUGGUGGGAUCACAGUCUGGCUAUCGGUGAAAUUCUCUUUCUUGCCUGGGGCAUAAAGGUAUGUUACAACGUGCGAAAUGCGGAGAGUCUAUUUAACGAGGCCCGUUUGAUAAGUUACGCCAUUUACAAUAUAGCCGCGGUGAACAUAACCAUGAUUGCCAUUCACCUCUUCAUAUUUCCUCGGGCCGGGCCGGAUAUCAAAUAUCUGCUUGGCUUCCUGCGGACUCAACUUUCAACAUCAACUACGGUCUUUCUCGUAUUCGGUCCUAAAGUAAUCAGAGUAUUGCGAGGUCAGGGAGAUCAAUGGGAUAGUCGAGCUAGAGCGCGAGGCGUCACCGCAAGCUUUUCUUUGAACGGGAUCGGCUUGGUGCCGGAGGAGACGACAGAUUUGUAUCAAGAAAAUGAAGAGCUUAAGGAGGAGAUUCAAAAAUUGGCUGCGCAAAUUGAAUUCAUGAAGAUCGUGCAUAUGGAGGUGCACAACAGGCACAUCAAGCCAAAGAUGGGCGGUUACUUUAGCACGCAUGGUCACGGUCACGGGCAUCCAUCCACCGGCCAGAGUCCCAUCGCCAAGAGUUCGACGGCCAGUUUUAUUCUCAAACAGACGGCCGUGGAGCGAGGUGCAACGGCAGCCGCAGCCGCGGCCGUCGAGGAUUCAACCUUCCCGUCCGGAAGUCUACACAGAGCGCGAAGGAUGGAAAUGUUGAGGGAAAGGAAAGCGGAAAGGGAGAGAGAGCGCGAGAAAGAGCGAAACAAGGACAAAGAGCAGGAGAGACCACAGCAGGAGAAAGGGCGAGAAUCGAGUGGCGAGAAGGUUUGACUAGUGAUCAAUAGCGACGAGGUAUGGUUGUGACGAAGACAGUGUUCCGAUGAAAGCGAGAAAAAGAGAAGAAUCUUAUAUCCGAGGAGAAGAAGGAGGAAGAAAAAAUUGGAGAAAUUCAGGUUGUAUCCUCUAAUGGACAGGAGACUGCCCGUAUUUGUAUAAAGCGCUAUACAUAUAAUCAAAACCAUCGCGUUCACUGUCUUCGCGCCAUUGAUAGUGAUAUCUUGGUAAUUAUUAGAUGUACGAUAUAUAUCUUGAAAUUAUAAAAAAAAUCUCUAUCGAAUUGAACGCACGAAAAAGUGAAAGGCGACGGCGAUGGCAUUUCAUGUUCCUAUCCGUUUGCAGUUAUGUUGACAAGAACAUGACUAUUGUUAUAUAUUAAAUUUCGAUAACAUUUUUUCUGAUAUAAAAAGCACUCUUAAUGCAUACAAUGGACGCCACCAAUGCGACUAAUUAAGUAAAGUAAAACAAAUUGUUAUUUAUAAAGAACAAAUGUAUUUUGUUAAGAAAUUAAGAGGAGCAAACGAGAGACAAUUGUAAUGAUUGAGCUGUCACAAAUGCACAAAGGAAUGCACAGGCGAAUCGUCGUCGCUUUAAUGAUACAAUUUCGCUUUCCGCAAGUGUGAUAUGUGUCGCUUCGUCGCGAGCAUUCGAUAGAAUUGUAAAAAACGCGCGUGUGUGUCCUUAAGUUUCCCUUAUUGAAAUCGUUUACGUCCAUGUGCGGUGACGCGCGCGCUUUUGCCAAACACAGAAUCGCUGAGAUCUUCCUCGAUAUUAAGGAGAUAACGGGGAAGACAAAAAGAAAUCCCUUCUUAAAUGUUACAUAAGCAUCACAAUGUUCUCGGAUUUUAAAUAGUACUGUUUCUCAGGCAACCUUAUCAUGCCAGAAUGAAACAUUGUCUACUCUCGGAAGACAUACAAAUAUCGCAACUUGAAUGUAAAUGUUAAUUUAAGCGAUAAUAAUAUAUAAUAUGAAUAAAAUAGGCGCGUACUUUUCCGACUUGGACACUCGACAGGCUUGACCAAUAAGUGUUAAUAAACACGUAUGGGAUUUCUUUAUUUAAUUUUAUCUCCAAAUUUUAUAUCUCAUAUUCGAUGUAAGAGAUAACUCUUCUUCGUGUUCUUUAUUGUUUUCUCAUUUAUAUUACUUUUUUUUUUAAUUUGAGAUAUUUUAUUCUCAGUUUUCAUAGAAAUUUUAAACGUAGAGUUGCAUUUGAAAUUGCAAACAAUCGAGAGAUAAUUAUUCGUAACAAGAUUGUAUAAAUGUUAACAUAAAUGUGACAAUAAUGUUACACAACGGGCUGUAAAAGAGUUCAACUUUGUCGACAAUCGUAAAGUUGUCGUCUGUGGCCCGUAGAGAAGAAGAAGAGAUAAAUCAAAACGAGAAGAAAGUUAAAAAGAGAGAUAGAGAUAUAAAAAAAUUGUGCGAUUAAUAAGACCUUUGCCUCUUGUUGGUUUACACUUUUUUAAGAGCUUACGUUUUCACGAUAGAAUGCUGUUAUCGUAGAUCGCGUACAGUUGUGUGUUAACAACGACCGACAGAUAUUGCUGUUCGUGUCUAAGAUAUUUAUCGUUAGUAAUAUCGUUGUUGUUGAAUAUGUGACUGGAUGGAAUGGAAUUGAGUGAUGCAACAAAUAUGUGUGUUACAAGUACAACGUAGAUAUAUUCGAUUGAUGAAAAAUUUGUCGAAUAUGAUAAAUCUUGC